CCAUUUACCUGUUUUCGAGGCCGUGACACCUUAGUUGGCGGGUAGUUUCAGACACCCGCUUGUUGACUUCAGCGAUACUCUCCACAUUAUCCUGGACCGCCGUCUAGCAGGAACACUUGCACUACCUCCGAAUGUUUUCAUCACGUAUUCCUGCCACACUCGUGACUGAAGCUUCAGCAAACCUGCAACGUAUUGUAAGCUAGCGGUCGUAGCUCUUUAAUUUUACAACAUUCCGGCGAGGAAGUGAUACUGGAAAGAGGGAGCUUAUAAGAUUGUCGUGAGUCAGCCUGUGAUAGUAUCGCCCGGCAAGGAAGUGGUCAGAGCGCUCUUCAAAUCCUUACCUUCUGGCGAGAAAGGUAUAGCGGGAAGGUAAAGCGUGUAAAACUUCUUCGCGGCGGACGAUAAUAGCAUUGCUUAUUGUGGAAGGGAUUGUGGUAGACAGAAGUUGUGAAAGUCUGUGUUAGCACGAUGGUGGGCGUCAAAUAUCAGCAAGCUCACCCAACCUCAUGCCGUUACUGCACCUUCUGGUCAAUCCACCGCUCAGGGAUGGGAUCCAAAUCAGCCAGGACCCCCAGGACUCCGAAGACUCCCAAGGGAAUCCUUCGCUGCAAGCACUUCUUCCCUGAUGAGAACCAAGAGGGCCAGGCAGCAGAGGGCCCUUCCACUGCCCCUGUAGACAAGGCUCAACCUGAUCCUCUCAAGAUAGCUUCAUCUAAAAGUUCUGAGAAAGCAAAGGCCAAAGCUGAGGCUAAGGCUGCCGAGAAGGCUAAGGCUAAGGCCGCAGAACAAGCAGAGGCAAAAGCUACCGCGAAAGUAGAAAAGGCUACAGAGAAAGUGACGGCAAAAACUGAAGAGAAGGUAGAAGCAAAAGAUGUGGAGAAAUUAGAAAAAAAGGCUGAAGUUGCUGAGAAAAAGGCAAAGGUUGCCGAGAAAAAGACAAAAUCUGCUGAGAAAGAGGCAAAGGCUUCGGAAAAGGCUACGGCGAAAGUAAAGGCAGAGGAUGUAGAGGCAGAAGCUGAGGUAAAAGCUAAAGCCGAGGCUUCCUCAGUGGAGCAUUCCCAGGAGGGUGAAGAGGAAGAGGUGGUGCCAGAUAAGGUGUGUGUUAAGGCAGCAGAGGUAGUCACCCUCCCUACACCUCAACGUGCACAGGGAGGCACUACCAGCGCAAUGCUCAAAAAUCACGUGUACCGACCAUCAGUGGCUAAGGCUGAUGAACAGAAUGAAGAAGUUAAGAAAGAAGGUGUAGCAGCUCCAGUGGCAGAAGAGAAACAGGAAGAGGCAGCCCCCAUCCAGGAGAAGAAAGAGGAAGCAGCAGCAGUAGUGGAAGCAGCACCUCAAGAGGAGGCAGCAGCACCAAUUCAAGAGGAACAAAAAGAAGAAACUGCAGCUGCUGAGGAAACUGCACCAGAGGAAGAAAAAGCUCCAGCAGAGGAAGCUGUUGUUCAAGAUGAAGUAAAGGAGGAAGCAGCAAAGGAAGAAGCUGCAGCUGAGAGUGCCCCUGUUGAGGAGACUACUGCUGAAACUCCUGAGCCAGUUCAGGAGAAGAAAAAGACUGAAGAUGUGGAGGAAAGUGUUGCCAGUACGGAGGUCCCUGUUGUAGAGUCUCGACCCCAGCAGGAAGCUGUUCCUGCUCAGGAGACUGCUCCAGUUCAGGAGGAGGCACCUUCACCAGAGUCCUCUCCUGCUGAGGAGCAGGCACCUGCAGAGGAAGCUGCUGCUCUUGUGGAAGUUCCUGAACAAGUAUCAUCUCCUGUUGUAGAAGUCACUCUUGCCCAGGACUCUUCUGCUCAGGAGGGGGUUACUGUUCAGGAAAGUUCUACAGUCAGUGAGGAAGCUACAGCUCAACCCCCACAACAGUCAGAAGUGAUUCAGACAAGCGAGUCCACACCUGAACAGAGUGCACAACAGGAUACUACACAACAGAAGACUGAGGACGGAGAUAAGGUUGAAGAAUAAAAGAAUACACUGUGCAAAGCCACAAGCCAUUCCACCGUCAAGCUUAGUCGUGUCCCCUCCUUAACUGGAGUCAGCAAUCAUGUCCAGCAGCAACACAACCUCGCUAUAGUGGGUUGCCAAAUUAGUUGUUCCCCAAGAUAUUUAAGAACACGUCCACACUUACCAGCUAUUAGUAUUAGCCUCAUAUUUAAUCUCUUGGAGAAUGCAUACUCUUAGUCCAUGAGUUUUUCUAUGUCUGAAGCCUGCAGUAUGAAGAGGCUUUUGUCCUCUGUGUGCACAAAAAAGUGAUAGGAAUAGUGUUGCUGUGCCUUAACACAGACCAUGACAUUCAUGGUCAGUGUACAAGGUUCUGCAAGCCAGGUAUCUUGGGGUUAAGAGGAUAAUAGAUUCUACACGACUUGAUUUUGUUACUCAGCAUAGACAGAUUAGUCUUAAGCGGAGAUAUCGCUAAAUUAAUACUUUUCUCUCAGUAUAUGCGGCAAGACUUCAUUCAGAAAUGAUGUAUAAAUUAUAAGUGGGGGUAACUUAGCCUCAUUGUGAUGCAACAGUCUGCCAAUAGAAACCCAAGUGUAUACUGCCGCAGAAGUGAAGUGAUUGGCAUGCUCGCCCAACCACAUUCUUCCCAUAUCGUAUGGUGGGAUUUGUGACUUUUCUAAGCUCUGUUGAAUGGGUUUGUGUGAUGCAUCAUUUGACAUAGUUCUUUAAAUUGUUGUUUCUAAGGGGAGGAGUGUGGUUGGGAAGAGGAAAAAUGUUUUUUGUAUAGUUUGUAUUAUGUAUUGUGAAUAGGGAUAAAAGUUUUUGCUAGAUCAAGAAACUAUUUAAACUUUUGUAAAUUCUAGAGUACACAAAUGAGUUAUUGUAUUAAUAGUGCUUAUUAUUUGGUGGUACUUUUGUACUUGAACAAAUGAUUUUAUAUUCAAAUCUGUCAUUAAGAUAUAUCUGUACUGCUCAUGUAGUAAUUUUUUCUUAAUUACUGCUGAUAUUAGUUUCCUUGAUUGUUCCAUGACAUGUGCUUCUGCCUGCUAGAGAAUAAGGCCUAAGCACCAUAAAAAUUGCUGUUGCAUCAUUUUACCCAGUUCAGCAAUUUGGUAAAAUUAUUCUGCCAUCUUCUAAUAAUUAGGGAAGCUAAAACUAUAUGCAAAUUGAAAAUAUUAAAAAUUUUAAUUUCAGUAUAUUGGAAUAGCUAGAUAUAACAGACCUUUUGCUAUAAUCUAAAAAAAAGUUAACUUUUAUAUUAUAAAUUAUAGUAAUUAAUUUUUAAGUCUUGGUAUGCAAAAGCACUUACAUAUUUCAGAUUAAAUUCAGUUUUAGUAUUAAUUUUUAUGGGGGUUUACACAUACAGAAGAAAGCAGUUUUGCACGAAACUUUUUGUCCUGGCAAUAAGCAAAAUUUGACUGGUGCUUUGCUGUUUUUAUGAUACCUUGAUUUGCCGUGUAAUAAAGGAUAUUAAGAAGUUUACACGUUGUAA